GCUGCGCAGACGUGUAGCAGCUACACACAAACACACAUCAGUCGUGAGCCAAGACAGCUGCAGCCUGUCUGCGGUGUACAAGGACCUACAUCCGAUUUCAAACCACCUGCCUUAUCGAUUCGGGCCAGGGGAGAGCACCACUGAGUGGCCUGCAGGGGUUCGAGUGGAUCUCCAUGCUCUCGGUCAUCAGGGCCUCAUGGAUGACGGACAGUGGCAGAGCAACAGCCCAGUGAGGCGGGGAGGAGUUACCGACCCAGACCUCCUAAACGACUCAGAGUUCUGCCGCAGCCCAGACGAGAACCAGAACCGGCUGGUGGAGGAGGUGGAAGAGGUUGAACAGGGGCCCCAUGGUGGACAGAGGCCCCUCCGGCAGUAUAACACUAAUAACAGUGGUGAUGAAGAUUAUGAUUGUUCCAAGAUGGAGUAUGAAGAAGAUGAGGAAGAGGUGGAUAGUAACAGUGGUGCAUACUCUCCAGAGCUGGAUGGACACAUUCGAGACUCGCCAACAUCCAGUCCCAGUCCCACAGUGUCUGAGGGCCUUGUCAGCCCUGAAGGGCCCCCUCACAGUGAUACUGGUUCACCCCGGGGCUUCAGUCGGUCCGUGGCUGUUUCUCUCCAAGAGCUGGGGGAGCAGGGAGACCAUCCGCUUCUGCCACAGUACCUCCACCAAAUUGCGGAGUCGUUUAUACGUGAUGAGGACUACGAGCGAGCAGUCAGGUUUAUACAGCUAGAGAGACUCUAUCACGAACGUCUGCUGUCCAACCUCGUCGCCCUACAGGAACAGUGGGAGAGGAGAUGGAGUUUGGUUGGCCAGUGUCAGGACAGUGUAGAAGACAGAGAGAGUGACCUGGAUGCAGAACACCUGGACAAACUGAGACACAUCUGCAGAACGCACAGGCAACCUGUAUGGAGCGUUGAGAAGUGUGAGGUGGUGUCCAAAGUGCAGAGGAACAGUGUGAUUAGUGACAGACUGGGAGGAGAGGACAACCUAAACACUCAAGUGCUUUUAUGCAGCUCAGGGAUGGUUAUGGAGGAACACAGUACAUAUGAAACACUCACCCAGCAGGAAGUCAUCCAGCCUGAUGAUGGUAGCAUCACCACCCCACCAUCCCAGCAGAGUGAACAGCAGCAUGACCCCUCCCACGUCCCGGCCACGCCCACUUCCUCCUCAGCUGUGAUGGGCAGCUCCUCCUCUCCAGCCUCUGAAGAUGCAAGAGAAAGAGAUGAGAGAGUGAGUGUGGUGGCUUCCCACCAGGAUGCAACACCGCAGACUGAGCAUCUUCCAUCUGAGCUUCAAAUGGACACUGCCAACUCUGGACCGGUGAUGGAGGGGACAGGGGACACUGUGGAUACAGGCCAGGAUGUGGUGGAGACGGUCACACACACUAAGGAGGAGGGUGGAGGGGAGGAAGAGAAGGUGGUUGAGGAGGUUCUGAAGCUGGAGAAAGGACGAGAAGAUCAGGAACCCCUGAAUCAGGCCAUUCAUGAGAAUAAUCCUGAGUUGGAUCUGGAAGAGGAUGGGCACGGGGUGGAGACGUUGGAAAUGACGAAUGUGUCCACGCUGGAUGACAUGGCUAAGCGCAUACAGGUGGAGGAGAUCAAUCCAGCUGCAGGCCUUGUGUCUAUCUUAAAGAGAAGGGUAUCUCUGGAAGGAGCCGACAGUUCCACCCAUGCUGCCCCUAAGCCCGUCUCUAAACGGAAGGUCCGUUUCCGAGAGCCUGAAGAAGGCCUAGACCACGAUGAGGUAGGCGGAGACUCAUGGCUGCUCCUCCUCUUGUUGUGCUUGGCUACUGUGGUGAUCAGUCUGGGCGGAACUGCACUCUACUGCACCUUUGGAGAUGCCCAAUCCAGCGUGUGCACAGACUUCUCCCAUAACAUGGACUUUUAUAUCAGCCGGAUGCAGAGGGGCAUGGACGAACUCAAACACUGGCUGUCCCCGAGCUCAUAGCAGGACACAAAGGGCAGUUUGGGAUGGACCGGCUGUUCUCAGUAGCCUCCAUGAUCUCUGAAGUGAUCUGGCAAUUUAUUCAGCUGACAACAACAAUGGCAUGAUAUAUUUGAUGCUGAGACUUUAGAAAAAAUCCAGAUAUAGAAGACUUGGCUGGAUCAUGCUGUCUCAGAAGAAGCCUUCAUAAUCUAUGGCCUGUCUUUCUGGUCCUAAAGGGGACGUCUGUCCCCCAGAAGACUUUGGAAACCACUUGGCCAGUUUUUGACUCAAGUAGCCCACUGUUUACUGCCAUCAACUGAACCUCAUACAAAGAGACUUUGUUUUUAAAGUCUCAAAUCUAAAAUCUUAAUAUUUGGUUGAUAGAAUUGUGUCUUUAUUCAUUCAAAAGUGAUUGGAUGUGUUUGGAAUGGAAUACUAUUAUACCUUUAACGAAAUACUGCACAGUAUACACUUUAUUCAAUUUUUUAUUUUUUUACAAUACAAAGUAAAACAUCCCUGCAUUGCUGUCACUUUUCCUUCAGUAAGUGGCAUCCAGUUAUCACCUCGAAAAUUUAAUUCAGUAUUUAAUAUUUAUAAAUUCGAAAUGAUUUUUUUUUUUUUUUUUUUUUGCAUUUUGAAUUAAAUUAGUUCAAAUUAAAUUUAUGCCAUUUAAAUUAAAUAAAACUAAAAUAAAUUCAUAAAAAAUUAUAGCAAUUGGAGAUGCAAUAGGUUAUUUGGGUAUUCUAUGCAUACAGAAAAUUUUCAUUCUGUGCAAAAUACGCAUAUACUGCAGAAAUAGGAAAAAUAGUAUGCUAUUCCGAACAUAACCAAUGGCCAUCAUGGUACUAAAUAAUAGACAGAAUAAUGGAUAUAACCAUAUUUAGCCUGGACGUAGCAUUCAUCAGUGGCAUGCAUGGAAAUAUGGAAAGCAAUAUUUGUAUACUGAGAUGUCAUUGCAGAUGGAAAGUCUUUAAAUGUGAAGUGUGAAAUUUUUUCAGUGUUAAAACACUUAUCCCAAAUUAAUAUGCAGACACAACUAUAAUUUAGCCAUUCGUACGUUGUGGUGCUAUCAAACAUUGCUCUGUUUUUUGAGCAUCUCAACCAGUCUGACAAUGCAACAAUGGUGUGAGUUUGGGCCGAGGUUAUCUGUUUGUCCAGCUAAUGGGAGACUUGGGGGAGUGUUCGGGAAAUCUGUUUGGAAAGUCAUUAUUUUUGCAGUUCCAUUUGGUGGCGUUAGUGGCAUAGAAAUUGCACACUUCACCUUUAAGAUGAGCAUGGCUGUAAAGAGAAUGUCAUAAAUUUUAUAUAAUAGCUCAGGCAUGUGUCCUGUUAUUUUUCUUAACAGUUAUUUCAUGGUAUUUAAAGACUUUGUUUUUAUGUUAUUAUAACAUGACCGCCUGUGUUCGAUAAAUCUGAUUUAAAGAAGUCACAUUUAUUCUUAUUUUGUUAUUGUCUUAAGCGCAUCGUGUUUGUUCUAACCAAUGUGUGUCUCAGAGAACUUUUUUAAUUUUGAAGCACAGUCUUUCAAUGGUUAUGUCAACAUAUGUCUGCUGUAAUGUGUAGAUUUAACACAUAGUUGUCCUUUUGCUGUGCUCUGCUCAAGUUCAAAAAGGUACUGGGCGAGAACAGUAAGUCUUUAAAACAAAAAUUUUUCUUCUUUUUUUUUUCUUUUUUUUUUUUUUUUACACGUUGUCUGGCUGGUUCAGAUGACCAAUUAAUGUCUUAUUGUGUGAUUUUUCAGUAUUUAUUUAAUGCAGAAAGUCUUAGAAUCACAAUGUUCUGGUGCAUGCGCUCUCUCUUUUACACACUGUACAGAGACAGUUUGAAACUUUGUAAUCUUAUGUUUGUUUUUUUCUUAAUUUUGUGUACAUAUCAUGUAAAGAUUGCUGUAUUUCCUUAUUUUAUAGUUCAGAUCUGUUGAGUCAUUGUCUUGAGAGAAAAUGUGAAAGUAAAUACAUUGAGAUGUUUUUGACCAAAAAUACCUGGUGAAUAAAUCUUAUUGUUGGACUAA